UGUCCUCUAGGGCUCGCUUAUUUAGGAGGACAUACACAUAUCAAGGGCCUCCUUUCACUCCUCUGAGGCCCAGGGACAAUAUUUCUUAUUUCCCAUCUGGCUGGACAAACCCACCCACUGUCACCUCAUAGCUCUAUAUAAGACAGCAAAAGGGCCUGAUGAUAAGAACUUGGUCUCAAGACAAGCCUGGCCAUGCGGUGUAAAGUCCUCAUCUAUGUCAUCCUCCUGACUCAUAAACAUGUGUCUCCAACUGAAAUACAGGCCAGCCCAAACACAAAUGCAACCCUCCCCUGCAAUGUGACUUCCCCUCUGUUUGUGAAGGGGGUCAAAAUAGACAAGUCUCUCAUCAAAGUCAGCUGGAUAAGUAACGGCUCUGACUUUGCCUCAUUCAGCAAUGCAGCGAUGCAAAUAAAGGACGGCUUCGGUUGGGACACCAGAGAUUUCAACAAUGGGGACUUUUCACUGACCAUCCUCAGAGCCGAUCUCGACCUCCAGGGGGUGUACGAAUGCACAGUCAGCUACAACUCCACAAUGCUGCACUCCAGUAAUGUUACAUUUAGUAUCCUGGCUUCCCCCACUCUCUCAAUCCCUCAGCAGUGGGUGGUGUUAGAAACAGAGAGCCAGCUUAAAUGCCAUGCCGAUGGUUUCUACCCUCCUCCUGUCUCUUUCUCCUGGACCAGAGAUGGGCAAGUGAUUCAACCUCCCUACCACGUUGAAGGUGAACAGACUCCAGAUGGCUCCUACAUGGCUGUGGGCAACCUGACCUUCUACGCUUCCCGUGAGGACAAGAAUGUGACCUUUGGCUGCAAAGUGUCACACAAUGGCAACUAUCAAGAGCUGGAUUUCCAACUCAACAUCACCUAUCUGCCUUCUGUUAGACUUUCUGUCAUGCCCUCGAGCUCCAAUGACAUUCCUCUCACUCUUUACUGUGAUGUGGAGAGUUUCUACCCAGAGGAAGUGUCUGUGUCCUGGCUUCAAAAUGGCACAGUCGUCCCUGAGCCCCCCACCACUGAGCAGAACCCAGAUGGGACCUACACAACCAGACGCUAUUAUACUUUGAGCCCCGAGCAGAGGGAGCAAGGUGGGAAGGUGGAGUGUGCAGUAAAUCAACCUGGGGUAGUGCACCUGGUCAGUGGCUCAGCGUACCUAGAGAAAGUGGAUCCCCAAGAUGAGCCUCCGGUGUUGACUAAAUCAGCCAAAGCAUCUGUUGCUUUGAUGUGUAUUUCUCUGGUGCUGGUCUUCCUGCUCUGCUUUGGCUUCUCUUGGAGGAGAAGGGAUGAGAAACAGAAGUCUCUGAGUGUGUCAGGGAUCAUCCUCCCUCCACGCGUGAUUGUUGGUCAUAAGGGCAGGGUGACCGUGAGUAUUGAGGGCAGGAGGGUGGACCAAGUCCAGACUGCAUGGUUCCUCAAUGACACCCCUAUCUCUGACACUUCACCCACAGGAACCUCCAAAGCUAACUUUAACUGCCUCUAUAACCCCCUAACCACCAUCCAUCUGCCCUACGGUCUAACGCUCACCUCCCCAGUGUCAGAGAAAGGUCCUCUGCUGCCCUCCAGAGGCGAGAUGGGAUACUACAAGCUGCACACCCAGGGGCCUUUGCACUCAUCUGGAAGUGGCACUCAACAGCUGAUCUCCUCGCUCACCUUCAUCCCCCAGAUAUCAGUCCACAAGGGCGCGGUCUUUAAGUGUCAGGUGUCCUACGUGGGCAAAGAUAAGAUUGUUGUGGAGAGGGUGUCGGAGAGGUUUACAAUUCUGUCUGCUCCAGAAGUAUCGGAAAUCCAGCUGGAAGAGACACCAAAUGACUCUGAUGUCAUCAGCCUGACAGUACGGGCAUCACAUUUCCAUCCGGAUGUCAUUACCUUCCGCUGGUUCUGCCAGGGGAGUGAGCUGAGCCCUGUGGCCUCCCAGGCCUCGUCCUCCCCUCGACCCAAUUCUGAAGGCUUCUUUUCAGCCUUCAGCCAGUGUAAACUGCCCCGGAGUGAACUGGAAAAGGGAGGCACUAAAGUGUGGGUCAGUGUCCACCACAUCGCUCUGAAGCAGCCGGUCACCCGUGAGACCAGAGGCUUCAUCAAGAGGCCGUGUGUGUCAGAAAUCGUCAGCUCAACUUCUUUCCCAGAUCAGACUUUGACCCUGGGAUGUGAAAUCACAGAUUUCCACCCUCCGAACAUAUCAGUCACCUGGCUGAAGCUCAGAGCGGGAGAGCAAGAUGACAGAGAGGAGGAGGUGAUAGAGGGAGGCGAGCUGUGGGGCCCCAUACAGGCCCCAGAUCCCAGACUCUACAGGGCCACAGCCAUUCUGAAAAGAAGGGCAACAAAUCAGGAGAAAAAGGAGAGAGGAGGAGGGAUUAUUUGUAGAGUGGAGCACUGUUGCCUACUCGAGCCUAUUGAGAGACACUGGAGAAAUGUUGACAUUGUUGCUCCCUCCAUUCCUCCAUCGAUCUCUGUCUGUUGGAGCAGUGAAGGGGUUGGCGUGUUCUCUCUCCUGUUGAAGGGAGGUCACCCUAAGGUCAAAUUACUCUGGGCAGUGGGAGGAUCCACUCUUUCACCAUUGGUGUCCAAUGAGACAGAGGAGAUAGGAGACGACGGACAGCGGGAGCUGAAAAGUGUGUGCGCCCUGGAGAGGUCCACAAGCCUGCCAAGUCAGACAAGCAAACAGCUGGAGAGACAGAAGAAUGGACAUGCAAUAAAAACAAAAGCUGCUGUCACAGACCCCGACGCAGAAGGAAUAGAAUACAUCGAUGAAAAAGUGGAUGGAGAGAAUAACAACAUUGACAGUGAUGAGGAAACAAAGUCAGAAGUGGAUGAUGACAGUGACAAAGAAGGAGAGGAAGACCCAGGCGCACUGCACAUCAACAGAGUCAACCUGAGGACGGGUCCCAGAGAAAAUGAGAGAGCACGUUUGAGAGUCUGCGUGGAGAUCACACACCCUGCACUCAAGCUUCCUGUUUAUCGAACCUGGACCGAGCCCAAUGAGGAAAUUUCGUCUUCUGCAUGAAAGCCUUGAUAUGUUCAAGUGUGCCUCUCUAUUUCAUACAUCCCAUAUAAUAUAUCUAAUGUAUAUAUCUUUAUAGUAAAUAAAGAGUAGUAGUCGUGUUUUUUAGGAUAUCCAACUGUCAACAAGUGUGGUUUUGCUUCCAACAUUUUUGGUCUUUAUUUAUUACUUUAUAUUCUUAAUCUGUCAUCUAAUACUUUUUUUUCCAACUCCAUGAUUUUUACAAAUCUAAAUAAAUUUUUUGUUGAGAUGUU